CAGAUCUGACCCGGUAGCCGCAUAUCAGCUGGCCGCCGCUGAAGCAAGAAGAGGACAACAAACCUAUGGAAAGCGUUAUCGCAAAUCUUUUCUGAAAGGGAAUAAAUGAGAAAAUCGCGGUUAUAAAGAGAGAAAGUAGUCUUCAACAGCGAACGAGAGCGCUAAAUGUACCAGAAGUAACGGAUCUGGUUCUCAACAAGGUGGAGUUUUGUGAGCGAGGGCUACCUACCCAUCGACUGCGCUUUACGCUAUUCGGUUACCAGAUGCAGGAACCUGAUCGACAGGUUGCGCGAAGAUAAGAGCUGCCUUUUCUGGAAGUAUUACACCGUUACACCAGAACAAACAAGCAAAGAAAAACAGUAAUUGGAUUUCCUAUAUGGAAUUAAAUGAAAGCGUUUUAAAGAAAUAUCAGAUUUUAUUUUUACACACAAUUCGCAUUUAGAUAUGUCUUCUUUAACGAUGUGUGAAUGACUGCUGUAUAUGGAACGAACACAGCCUGUCAUUUGAAGUGAAGUUUGCGCGUAACAGGUCGCUGAGAACACAACAUUUACAUAGAAGAAGGACUGAUGAAAACGAACCGGGCAGAGUAGAGGAAGAAGAAGAUAGUUAGUUUAAGCAAUAUGGCUGAAUUGUGGGGUAGGGGACACUGUCUGGAACUACUCAAAGAGUCUGGAUGCUAGUUAUAGAACAUGGCAACAUAUCCCUGGGCAUCGGUAGCCUCAGAAUAAUGCCUAAAGGUAAACAUAGUUACUAUCCGGACUCUCCCUCUAUCCGCAUAUCCAAGAUGGAUGUGAUCAUCCCGUUCUCCCCAGAUGUGCCCUGUGAUAGCAACGGGCAGCGCAUGUGGUGGGCUUUCCUUGCCUCCUCCAUGGUUACGUUCUUUGGGGGUCUCUUCAUCAUUCUGCUCUGGAGAUCUCUCAACUACCUGUGGACCGUCUGCUGCCACUGUAAUACCAAAAAAAAGAAUGUUCAUCGGGUCCAUCACCCUAUCUCCCAUGGGGAUGGUGUCAAGCACACCAAGGAGACGGUGGCUGCACUCAGCGAGGUGGGCUGGAUGACCUCCGUCAAAGAUUGGGCCGGGGUCAUGAUAUCGGCCCAGACACUGACGGGCAGAGUCCUGGUGGUGCUUGUCUUUGCCCUCAGCAUCGGAGCCCUUGUAAUAUACUUCAUCGAUUCCUCUGACCCCAUCGAGUCCUGUCAGAACUUCUACAAAGACUUCACGCUACAGAUCGACAUGGCUUUCAACGUCUUCUUCCUCUUGUACUUUGGUCUACGGUUCAUAGCGGCCAAUGACAAGCUGUGGUUCUGGCUGGAGGUGAACUCGGUGGUGGACUUCUUCACUGUUCCCCCGGUGUUCGUGUCCGUCUAUCUCAACAGGAGCUGGCUUGGCUUACGGUUUUUAAGGGCCUUACGAUUGAUACAGUUCUCAGAAAUCUUACAGUUUUUAAAUAUAUUAAAAACAAGCAAUUCCAUAAAACUGGUGAAUUUGUGUUCAAUCUUCAUAAGCACAUGGCUAACAGCUGCAGGCUUCAUACAUUUGGUGGAAAACUCAGGGGAUCCUUGGGAAAACUUCCAAAAUUCCCAGUCACUUUCCUACUGGGAAUGUGUCUACUUACUGAUGGUUACCAUGUCCACUGUGGGCUAUGGAGACGUGUAUGCAAAAACUACCCUGGGACGACUUUUCAUGGUGUUCUUCAUCCUCGGUGGUUUGGCCAUGUUUGCUCGCUACGUGCCAGAAAUUGCUGCUCUCAUCCUUAAUCGGAAGAAAUACGGAGGGAGUUAUAACUCGACCCGAGGCAGAAAGCACAUCGUGGUCUGUGGUCAUAUUACCCUUGAAAGUGUGUCCAACUUCCUUAAAGACUUCCUACACAAGGACAGGGAUGAUGUCAAUGUAGAAAUUGUUUUUCUCCAUAAUAUUUCCCCUAAUCUUGAGCUGGAAGCCUUGUUCAAGCGGCACUUCACCCAGGUGGAGUUCUACCAGGGAUCUGUUCUCAACCCACACGACCUGGCCAGAGUCAAGAUAGAGUCAGCAGAUGCCUGUUUGAUCCUAGCUAAUAAAUACUGUGCAGACCCUGAUGCUGAGGAUGCUUCCAACAUCAUGAGGGUGAUAUCCAUCAAGAACUACCACCCGAAGAUCAGAAUCAUUACCCAGAUGUUGCAGUACCACAACAAGGCGCACCUUUUGAACAUUCCCAGUUGGAACUGGAAGGAGGGUGACGAUGCCAUUUGCCUUGCUGAGCUGAAGCUUGGCUUCAUCGCUCAGAGUUGUCUGGCUCAGGGCCUCUCCACCAUGCUGGCCAACCUCUUCUCCAUGAGGUCCUUUAUCAAGAUUGAAGAGGACACGUGGCAGAAGUAUUAUCUGGAAGGAGUAGCCAAUGAAAUGUAUACUGAGUACCUGUCUAGUGCCUUUGUGGGCUUAUCCUUCCCCACCAUUUGUGAACUCUGCUAUGUGAAGCUAAAGCUGCUACUGAUCGCUAUCGAGUACAAGUCUGAUAUACGGGAAAGCAGCACUCUCAUCAACCCCGGGAACCAUGUGAAGAUGCACGAAGGAACCUUGGGCUUCUUUAUCGCCAGCGAUGCCAAAGAAGUUAAGAGGGCACUUUUCUACUGCAAAGCUUGCCACGAUGACAUCACAGAUCCUAAAAGGAUAAAGAAAUGUGGAUGCAAACGAUUGAUCUAUUCAAAAAAUAACUAUAACGGAUAUAUCAAAUCAAUGGAAGAAGAGCAGCAGUCAGCUGUUUCGCCUAAAAAGAAACAAGGCAAUGGAAACACGAGGAACUCACCCAACGGUUCACCAAAAAUGACGAGGCAUGACCCUCUCCUCAUGCCGGGGAACGAACAGAUUGAGAACAUGGAUGUGAACGUGAAGAGGUACGACUCCACAGGGAUGUUCCACUGGUGCCAGUCCAAAGACAUCGAGAAGGUCAUCUUGACCCGGAGCGAAGCUGCCAUGACUGUUCUAAGCGGCCACGUGGUCGUCUGUAUAUUUGGAGACGCAAAGUCUGCUUUGGUGGGUCUUAGGAACCUUGUGAUGCCUCUGAGAGCUAGCAACUUCCACUACCACGAGCUGAAACCCAUCGUGUUUGUGGGUUCUCUGGAGUACCUGAAGAGGGAAUGGGAGACCCUUCACAACUUCCCCAAAGUCUCCAUCUUACCUGGCACACCAUUGAGCCGGGCCGAUCUGAGGGCCGUCAAUAUCAACCUCUGUGACAUGUGUGUCAUCCUGUCGGCCAAUCAGAGCAAUAUCGACGACGCUUCGCUGCAGGACAAGGAAUGUAUCCUGGCGUCACUCAACAUCAAGUCUAUGCAGUUUGACGACAGCAUCGGGGUGUUGCAGGCUACCUCCCAAGGUUUCACCUUGCCAGGCAUGGACAGGUCCUCUCCUGAAAACAGUCCAGUUCACGGGGGGUUGGUCCGACAGGCUUCCAUCACAACAGGAGCGAAUGUACCCAUCAUCACUGAACUAGCACCGUUAGUAAAAGCAGCAGGCAAAGUCCUACCUGUGAUUUCAUUCAGUCAGGAUACAAGCAGUGGGAUCAACAUACACAUAAUAACAGAACUGGUGAAUGACUCCAAUGUUCAGUUCCUGGACCAGGAUGACGACGACGACCCUGACACAGAGUUGUACCUCACUCAGCCAUUCGCCUGUGGGACGGCUUUCGCAGUCAGCGUGCUGGAUUCCCUGAUGAGUGCUACAUACUUCAAUGAUAAUAUCCUCACCCUGAUCCGGACGCUGGUAACAGGGGGGGCCACUCCGGAGCUGGAGGGUCUGUUGGCGGAGGAGAACGCAUUACGAGGAGGCUACAGCACGCCGCAGACCCUCGCUAACCGGGACAGGUGUCGUGUUGCACAGCUAGCCUUGUACGACGGGCCUUUCGCUGACUUGGGGGAUGGUGGUUGCUACGGUGACCUGUUUUGUAAAGCGUUAAAAACAUACAACAUGCUUUGCUUCGGAAUUUACCGAUUGAGGGACGCCCAUCUAAACACACAAAGUCAUACAAGUCAAUGCACUAAACGAUAUGUAAUAACCAACCCACCGUAUGGUUUUGAGCUGGUGCCAUCAGACCUAAUCUUCUGCCUGAUGCAGUUUGACCACAACGCGGGUCAGUCCCAGGCCAGCCUCACCCAUAGCUCCCACUCCUCCCAUUCCUCCAGCAAAAAGAGCUCCUCCGUCCAUUCUAUCCCCGCCACCAACCGCACCAACCGCGCCAAGAGCAGGGACUCACGGGAUAAACAAAAGAUGAAUAGAAUGGGCCAAGAAAAGACAUGCUUUAUAGAUGAGCCUGAGAAUGCAGCCUACCCCAGGAAGUCACACUCUAGUCACACAGCCAACCACCAGGUCAACCUCCAGGUUAACCAGAACCCUUACAAAUCCACCAACAACCUCAUCCCGUCCAUCAGAGAGGUGGAGGACGAAUACUGAACUACAGAACCCAAUGUUGAGACCUACCGUACAACCCACCUGGAGAACACCUGGAACUAGAGCCCAAGAACAGCUAGAACCCACCUACAGAACACCUGGAACUAGAACCCCAAAACAGCUAGAACCCACCUACAGAACACCUGAAACUAGAACACAAGAACAGCUAGAACCCACUUACAGAACACCUGGAACUAGAACCCAAGAACAGCUAGAACCUAACUAGAGAACGCAUGGAACUAAAACACAAGAACAGCUAGAACCCACCUAGAGAACGCAUGGAACUCCACCCUGAUCCAGUGGAACUGGAAUCUGAAGAACAAUUUAAAGCUAGAAUCCUUAGUUGCUACAUCAAUAAAUGAAUGAUCAAAACAUCAAUGCUGUAUAAUAAACCUAAUGGAAAAGUGCGUAUGUACAGUAGCUACAGUAACAUCAUAUCAACAGGCUUUUGGACAUGUUUUAUACAUAUGAAUCUGUAAAUGAAGUAAUAGACAUACAAAUACAAUCAGAUGUACAAGUCAGUCAGUCACUAAUGCUAACACUGUAGUUUACACAGCCAGUUCCUUAGUGACCAGACUCCAUCAGUUUAACCAUUUUGGAGAAUGAGGGUCGCUUCAGUCAGAGUAGCAAAGCAACGCAAUGCCAGAUAUCAUAUGAUGAAACAUUAUAAUAGAGUGUUAUCAAACUGGACUGAUUAUUUGCCAAUAAAAACCAUAUAUACGCUGUUGACUUUCAUUUGUACAAUGACAUUUCAAGACUGACACGUAUCGACUGAGGAUUGGAUAGUCAUACUGCUUCCAUGGGUUUAUUGGCAAACCUGGUAAGAUUCAAUACAAAACAAUGGCAUAUGUUAUGACGGUCUUUUCUGUUCGACGCAGUCCCACACCAAUUAUAUUAUUAGCGGAUCGUUUGUGGACCGUCAUUGGGAUGAGAGUAAAAUCACCAUCUAUAUCACCACAAGCAUUUCACUACACUCACAUUAACAUCUGCUAACCAUGUGUGUAUGUGACAAAUACAAUUUGAUUUGAUUUGGUUGCUAGUCAGAGUUCAUGUCAGAAUGGUACAUGGUAUUGUACUGGCCCCAGCCUUAUUUCGAUUGGCCAGUUUGUUUGAGUGACAGUACGAUUGUUGCCUUUUUAGUUUUCAUAUCAAAUCCCAAACAACCUGCAAAUGUUCGCUAUUUAAAUAUAAAUAUAUAUAUAUAGGCAAUGUGUGAUGUGGGUGGAAUGACACUGGAAAUACAUUUUAAAAACACAUUUUCUAUUCAUUUGGCACGUUUGACCUGUCAUUAUAAUGACAAUGCUAUAACCCAAAUGUGAGCUGUUUCCGAGGAGACACUGGAGGAUGUUGAGUAACGUUAGCAAUCUGAGCAGCACAUAAGAUACAUAUUAAUGACCUUAAUAGGUUUACCUAUUGGAUUAGGUUAUACUGUAUAACCCUACCUAUAUAACCCUAUCAAUACUUUAUUGACUUUGAUAGGCCUACCUGAAACCAAGAGGGUGGGUUAUACUGUAAAAUGAUGAUAACAUCAUAUCACCAAGGAUGAGGUGAAAGAUGGAGCAUGCCACAUAUUGCAUGAAGUGGGCAUAAAUACCUGUAGCUCCAGUCGCAUUGCAACUCUCUCUUAGUACAGUAGAGGAAUGCUCACUAACGCCCUGGACCAGAGCUAAUGCACCUAUCUAUACCUGUAGACAGGUCCUCCUUUGGCUAUAAGCACUGCCUGCCACUGGCCUGCCUGGCACUGGCCUGCCUGCUGCUGGCCUGCCUGCCUGCCUGGCACUGGCCUGCCUGCCACUGGCCUACCUGAUGCUGGCCUGCCUGCCUGCCUGGCACUGGCCUGCCUACCACUGGCCUACCUGGUGCUGGCCUGCCUGGCGCUGGCCUGCCUACCACUGGCCUGGCAUGGAGGCACCGGAGAAGCGUGGAUGUUCUCCAUGACCAGUCCCAGCGCUGUACUCAGACAGUAGAAGACCAGUCAAAGCUCUGUACUCAGACAGUAGAAGACCAGUCCCAGCGCUGUACUCAGACAGUAGAAGACCAGUCCCAAAGCUGUACUAAGACAGUAGAAGACCAGUCAAAGCUCUGUACUCAGACAGUAGAAGACCAGUCCCAGCGCUGUACUCAGACAGUAGAAGACCAGUCCCAACGCUGUACUCAGACAGUAGAAGACCAGUCCCAACGCUGUACUCAGACAGUAGAAGACCAGUCCCAACGUUCUACUCAGACAGUAGAAGACCAUUCCCAACGCUGUACUCAGACAGUAGAAGACCAGUCCCAACGUUGUACUCAGACAGUAGAAGACCAGUCCCAAUGCUGUACUCAGACAGUAGAAGACAAGUCCCAACGCUGUACUCAGACAGUAGAAGACCAGUCCCAACGUUCUACUCAGACAGUAGAAGACCAGUCCCAACGCUGUACUCAGACAGUAGAAGACCAGUCCCAAUGCUGUACUCAGACAGUAGAAGACUAGUCCCAACGCUGUACUCAGACAGUAGAAGAAGAAUGUUACAGGUGUAGUUAUACUCUGAAACACCUCAAUCAUAGAUGAAGAGUUUGUCUAACUACAGUACAAUGCUUUAUAAUGCUAGUUUAACCAUGUUUUGGUGUAACAUCACUGACACUCAAACUAAAGACUCUUCUAUGAAUGAACCUGUUCAUUAAUUUGAUAUGUCUAUAAACCAUAAUCAUGUUUGUUAAUCUCUGUUAAUAAACAACAAGAAAGAGUCAGACAAUAAUGAUUUCAUGUGAACAACAAAUUACAAAUAUCUUCAACAUGAUCCCUGUUUCUCCCCUAAUUAUUUAGAAAUAUCUUCAACAUGAUCCCUGUUUCUCCCCUAACCAUUUAUAAAUAUCUUCAACAUGAUCCCUGUUUCUCCCCUAACCAUUUAUAAAUAUCUUCAACAUGAUCCCUGUUUCUCCCCUAACCAUUUAUAAAUAUCUUCCACAUGAUCCCUGUUUCUCCCCUAACCAUUUAUAAAUAUCUUCAACAUGAUCCCUGUUUCUCCCCUAACCAUUUAUAAAUAUCUUCAACAUGAUCCCUGUUUCUCCCCUAACCAUUUAUAAAUAUCUUCCACAUGAUCCCUUGUUUCUCCCCUAACCAUUUAUACAUAUCUUCAACAUGAUCCCUGUUUCUCCCCUAACCAUUUAUAAAUAUCUUCCACAUGAUCCCUGUUUCUCCCCUAACCAUUUAUAAAUAUCUUCAACAUGAUCCCUGUUUCUCCCCUAACCAUUUAUAAAUAUCUUCCACAUGAUCCCUUGUUUCUCCCCUAACCAUUUAUAAAUAUCUUCAACAUGAUCCCUGUUUCUCCCCUAACCAUUUAUAAAUAUUUUCAACAUGAUCCCUGUUUCUCCCCUAACCAUUUAUAAAUAUCUUCAACAUGAUCCCUUGUUUCUCCCCUAACCAUUUAUAAAUAUCUUCAACAUGAUCCCUGUUUCUCCCCUAACCAUUUAUAAAUAUUUUCAACAUGAUCCCUGUUUCUCCCCUAACCAUUUAUAAAUAUCUUCCACAUGAUCCCUUGUUUCUCCCCUAACCAUUUAUAAAUAUUUUCAACAUGAUCCCUGUUUCUCCCCUAACCAUUUAUAAAUAUCUUCAACAUUGUUUCUCCCGUAACCAUCCAAGUGGACAGUGGUGAAGAGAGAUCUGUGAGGGCCAGAACAACACUAGCAUAUCAAAGCAUACAGAGACUCCAAUGUAACUACAUGCCCCCAAAGGAGCCAAUAAAAGUUGCUAAUCUGCAGAAAGACUGAAGGAAGAAAGAAAGAAAGUGGGAUUUUGCUGGAAUGGAGAACAGCUUUCCAUGUCUCUGUGCCAGCAAUGUGCAAGGCAGUGUUUACAUCGAAGGAGGACUCAGGAUUAAGAUCCACUGUAGCGAAAAGUGGCUUAACUAGAUAGGAAUUAUAUAUAAAACAGGGCAUGUAAAUUGAUAUUACCAGAGGAGAUUAUUUAUAACUGUUUAUGCAUAAAUGUGAAACUUAUGAAACA